GUUAUCAUUACUGGCUAACGACUCCAAAGCGCGCGUUGUGUUGUAAUGAAAUAGAAACGGCCAAGUGAACUAAGUGGACAGUUAGUGCUGUGUUAAAAUGUUGUACCUUAGUUCUAAACUUCUGAAAAGGCUUGGAAGGAGGUGGUAUUCAUACACUGUGGGUGGCGAGAAGUCGCCUCUUAUCACCAAGUUUGGGGGUGCCAAUGUCGACAAGCGAACGCUAGCGAGCGCUGAGCUGCGAAAACAGCGCACGUUCAGCGACAGGUCUCAGUUGAAAUAUGCCAGACGCUUGGUUGUCAAGCUUGGCAGCGCUGUGAUCACCAGAGAAGAUGCCAAUGGUCUGGCUCUAGGCCGUCUGGCUUCUAUUGUCGAACAGGUAGCAGAAUGCCACCACGAGGGUCGCGAGUGCAUCAUGGUGAGCAGCGGAGCCGUGGCCUUCGGCCGGCAGAAGCUGACCCAUGAGCUGCUGAUGUCCAUGUCCAUGAGGGAGACGCUUUCGCCCAGCGAUCACUCUAGAGAGGAUGCGAGCAACACCCUGGAUCCCCGCGCGGCGGCGGCCGUGGGUCAGUCGGAGCUCAUGUCGAUGUAUGACGCCAUGUUCUCGCAGUACAACGUGAAGAUCGCACAGGUGCUAGUGACCAAGCCCGACUUCUACAACGAGGAGACCCGCAAGCAUCUGUUCGCCACGCUCUCCGAGCUAAUUUCGCUCAACAUAGUUCCCAUUAUUAACACGAACGACGCGGUCAGCCCGCCCAUGUUCGUACACGAUGACACGGUGGUGCCAGGCACUGGGAAGAAGGGUAUUGGACUAAAGGACAACGACAGCCUCUCAGCGUUGCUAGCGGCUGAGGUGCAAGCCGACUUGCUCAUCAUGAUGUCAGACGUCGAUGGCAUCUACAACAAGCCGCCGUGGGAAGACGGCGCCCGCAUGAUGCACACAUACACAGCUAAAGAUAAGGACCAAGUGGAGUUUGGAACUAAAUCCAAGGUCGGCACCGGUGGUAUGGACUCCAAAGUCAACGCCGCGACCUGGGCCAUGGCUCGCGGCGUAAGCGUGGUGAUCUGUAACGGUAUGCAAGAGAAAGCCAUCAAGACCAUCAUUAGUGGCAGGAAGGUCGGCACAUUCUUCACCGACUGCCCAGCUCCUACUAGUUCUUCUGUGGAUGUUUCUGCUGAAAAUGCUCGCACGGGUAGUCGAGUUCUGCAGCAGCUGUCACCAGGGGACAGAGCUUUGGCAAUCCACACCCUUGCUGACCUUUUAGUUGACAAACAGGAUCAGAUAUUGCAGGCAAAUUCCAAAGAUUUAGAAGAAGCUACGAGAGAUGGCCUUGCUAAACCCCUCUUAAAUCGACUCGCUUUAAGUGCAGGAAAGCUGAAAACUUUAUCGAUCGGAUUGAAGCAAAUUGCUGACUCAAGUUACGAUAAUGUUGGCAGAGUUCUGAAGAAAACUAAGUUGGCAGAGAACUUAGUACUUCGACAAAUAACUGUACCAAUUGGCGUACUUCUAGUCAUAUUCGAGUCAAGGCCAGACUCUUUACCACAAGUUGCUGCUUUGGCCAUGGCAUCAGCUAAUGGUCUUCUGCUAAAAGGAGGCAAAGAAGCCGCUCACUCUAAUAAAGCACUCAUGGAAUUAGUCAAGGAAUCUCUUAAAACUGUCGGUGCUCAAGAUGCUAUAUCUUUAGUAUCAACCAGAGAGGAAAUCAGUGACUUGCUAUCAAUGGAGAAACACAUCGAUUUGAUUAUCCCCCGUGGAUCAUCAGACCUCGUCAGGAAUAUACAGAAGCAGUCGCAGCACAUUCCCGUCCUUGGUCACGCAGAAGGUGUCUGUCACGUGUUCGUAGACAAGGAUGCCGACCCAACUAAGACCUUGAAGAUAGUAAGAGAUGCCAAAUGCGACUACCCCGCCGCUUGCAACGCGAUGGAAACUCUACUGUUGCACGAGGACCAUCUUCACAGCUCUCUAUUCACGGAUAUCUGCAAUAUGUUGAAGAAGGAAGGCGUGAAAAUUCACGCUGGGCCACAGUUAUCAAAUCACUUGACUUUUGGUCCCUCGCCGGCAAAGACGAUGAAGCACGAGUAUGGCGCUCUGGAGUGCUGCAUUGAAAUUGUGAAGGAUCUCAAUGAGGCGGUGGACCACAUACACAAGUUUGGAAGCUCCCACACCGACGUUAUUGUUACUGAAAAUGACGAGUCUGCGAAACGUUUCCUGAACUCCGUUGACAGCGCGUGCGUGUUCCACAACGUGUCCUCUCGGUUCGCCGACGGCUUCCGCUUCGGCCUCGGCGCUGAAGUCGGCAUCUCCACUGCCAGGAUACAUGCCAGAGGUCCAGUUGGCGUUGAGGGUUUGCUCACAACGAAAUGGAUCCUCGAAGGCACGGACCACACUGCCGCCGAGUUCAACGAAGGCAGGAGGACCUGGCUGCACGAGAAACUUCCCGUCAAUUGACUCAUAAGGGGUUUUGCGAAACUAUUUAAUACUUUUAGGAGAUUAGUAUGUAUGAGAUAGGUAUAAUUGUUAUUUGUAAAGUUUUUGAUGUUAUUUAAUCUUUAAUAAAUGAAUGAAUAUUAUCAAAUUU